UUCUUACAUAUUUUCAGGUACAACGACAGUUUUAACUAUGACAUUUCUUGGUCUGGAUAUCCGCACAGACCUACCAAAAGUAUCCUACGUCACAGCUCUUGAUUAUUAUGUGGCUGUCUGCUUUGGUUUCGUCAUUUCCACCAUAAUUCAGUUUGCAGUCGUACAUUAUUUCACGAAAUAUGGCACUGGCGAUAUGAAUAUGGUUUUUCAAACUUCUGACGAUAGCGAUGAUAGUGGAGAGAUCGGGGAAAUAACUGGCCCUGGUCGAAGUAACGGUGAUCUUUGGGUAACUGACAAUGCUGCUUAUGCGAAUUCCCACCGAGGACCUUUGCGGUGUUUCUUCAAAAUGUGGGACUGUGUCACCGGAACUCGAAACUACAGUGGCAGAAGUCACCCAAGAGGUAACCAACCAAUGAACAGUGUGAGCCAGGUUGACAGAGUAUUUAGAGUUGCCUUUCCCAUAACAUUUCUAAUUUUCAAUAUGGUCUAUUGGAUAGUUUAUUGGGUGUGAGUUGUAACAAACGCUUUAUUUCACAUGAUUAUUUUUAUAUUAUUUAUUAAUUGAUUUAUUUAUUGAUUAAUUCAUUCAUUCUUUACUCUUCUUCUCCUCCUCUAUUGGUUAGAUGGUGUACUCUUAACUUUACAAAGAUUACGAAUGAAAAUGUUCAGUGAAAUCGAGAAAUAUGGCUUGUGGACAAAACUUAAAAUACAUCAUUUUUUUUGUUUAAAUAUUCCUUGUCGAAAAGUAUCCUCUCGAUUUCAUGAGGCGAUAUUUCCGCCCAGUAGAUUUUGAAUAAGUCUACAAGUUUUUGAGAUUUAAUAUUAAAAAAAGAAAAAAAACAUGCGUCUCAACUACACAGAAAUAAAACCGAAUAACAAUGGUUAUACACAAAAUAAAACCAGUCUGCUGAAAACUCAGCAAAUGAAAAUGAAAUAAUAGAGAGAAUUUAUUUCGAAGAUUAAUAAUUAGAAUAAACACAAUCCGUUGCAAAUAUAGAAUAUAAUAAACGCUGCCUCAUAAAGCACAAACUAACACAUACAUACAUACAUACACACACGUAACAAGUAACAUAAUAUUUUGGUAUUAUAAACAAAUAAUUUCAGUCUUUAUCAAAUUUCCAUGAACAAGAAAUUAAAAUCUAUUUUUAAACUGCGAAGUGAGAAAUCAACAAUAACUGAUAUAUUACACAUUAUCAGUUAAACUUUUUUCUUUCUAUUCCUUUAGUGUAUAUAUGCUAACGUAUGCUUCGGUAUGCUUUCAAAUUUGAUAUGUCUAGUUUUACCCGGUUGUGUCCUCUUUUUGUGGACAAUACCUUUUUUAAAAAAAAAAAUAACAACAGAAUUUUAAAAUGUCCAUGAUCAAUCUCAUGUAUUUGUUGAGCAUUCAUUUAUAAAAAGAAAAAUAAUGGACGCCAUUUUUACUUAACCUGCCUUGUCUGCUAUUUUAAAUGUUAAAAAAAAAAAACAAUUGUCAGCUUAGUUCAGGUGUAUUUAGUUCUCUAUCAGGAAAAGGAAAAGACGCUUUGCUAUUUACUCCCUUCCUCCUUCAUAGUAUCAAUAAGGAGUUAUUUCCAUCCCAGUUGUCCUUUAACUACGCCUGAACUGUUUUGUUAAGGCGGCUAUUUUAGCAAAUCCAAAAUGGCAGACAAAAGAAGGUUGUGUUCAAUAAAACAUCAAAAGCGGAAAUAAAUGUUUCCAUUUCGGUCCUUAAAGCAUUGACACGCUGCGAAUGUUUGACUCGCAUUAUACUUUGUGUUCAAACUUAAAAGCUCUUUCUCUCUCUCUCUC